AUGCCUACUGAUGUCCUCGAUGUGACGGAUCGGUUUAUGAGAAAUCCUAUUCGUAUCCUUGUGAAGAAAGAGGAACUUACACUUGAAGGUAUCAGGCAGUUCUACAUAAAUGUCCAAAAAGACGAGUUCAAAUUUGAAACACUUUGCGAUCUUUAUGAUGCCGUUAACGUCACUCAAGCUGUUAUUUUCUGUAACACUAGGAGAAAGGUGGAACAACUCACUGAGCAGAUGACAAAGAAACAGUUUACCGUAUCCAGCUUGCAUGGAGAUAUGGAACAGCAAGACAGAGACGUGAUUAUGCGCGAAUUUCGUUCGGGUUCCUCUCGUGUUCUCAUCACUACUGAUCUUCUCGCUCGUGGUAUUGACGUUCAGCAGGUUUCACUGGUAAUCAACUUCGACUUGCCAUCUAACCGGGAAAACUACAUUCAUCGUAUUGGUCGUUCUGGGCGUUUCGGCCGAAAAGGAGUGGCCAUCAACUUCAUUACUGACAAUGAUGCUCGUCAGCUCAAAGAUAUCGAACAAUUUUACAACACCGUAAUUGAGGAAAUGCCCGUCUCUAUCACCGAUCUUCUUUAA